AUGUUUUGGGGAUUUAGCGAAGCGUUAGAACUUUUCGAGGAAUACUGCAAAGUGCAAGAACCUGGAACGAUUCCACCUGCGGAAUUGAAUAUUUUGCUGUACGGUUUAGGCGAUCCGAGGCACGUGCUGAAAAGUGCAUCCCGGUCAUUCAAACACGGCACCAAGUUAAACUUUUUCCUGCUGGAAGGAUGUCUAGAGUUGUUGGCAAGAAACAUGCUGCUAACCAGUAUCGCAUUCGAGAGCGGCGAACUUUUGUCGGUCAAAGGAAAGACACAUUUGUUCAUGGAUAUUUUUGGAAAUACAUUAUUACGACCGUUCUCUAAUGCCUACAUUAACGCGAAGGCGAAAGUACUGACGCAAUUAGUAACGGAUGCAGAGUUUGCGGAAUCUACAGCACCGAUAUUUUCAUUCGACAGACUAAAAUAUAAGGAACGAGAUCAUUUGGAAAACGUGUUCUGCUUUUGGACAAAUAGAGAGCAGCAUGUUUUCAAUGUGGCCCAUUACUGGGAUGCACGAGUGCGUAACAUGUUAGGGGCCAGAUACGACAACAAGAUGGGCACGUUCGACUGGGACCUGCAUAUGAGGUUGCGUGAAAACGGGGCCAAGCAAAUUUGCCCUCAGGAAUACAAACAUUGGCGUAACACAGGAAUCGCCUUUACUUUUCCAGAAUACGAGCAAAGCGAUCCCAAUAAAACCAUGGCCGUGGGACUGAGUAGAAAUGGGAAUAGCUUUAUGCAUCGUGGCAUUGUAGGAGAUAUUACUACCGGACCAUAUAUUUCAUUCGGAAACAGAUGCCCGGAAGAAAAAUUAACUGCUUCCAAACAUGGGGUUAACGAUUUUAGAUCGACUGAUGUAACUGAACGGAACAUUCACGAAAUCAUUUACGAAAUUCAAGAAAAAAGAGAUUAUAUUUUGGAUGCUACCGAUAUUCACCAAUACGGUACGUAUGUUCUAGAUAUGGGUAAAAAUUUGAAUAAGGAACAAACCCGGUCCGAACCUAUCGAAGCGUGUAGAUACGAUUUGCCGCUUCUAUCUGCAGAAAACCUACGAAUUCAUUUUCUGCCAGUUGAGGAUAUAACAAAAAUCCAAUCUAAAGCAGAACACUCUAACAAAUAUGACAUUGUCGUGAUUGCAAGUAACUAUUUUUCUUUUCUAAAGGAUGAUUUUACUACAAUUUUAAAGGACGGAAGCUUAGUCUGCUUUGAAACUCGUCAGCUGACCGCAUUUCACAAGGACGAGAUAUCCGAAUUUAACACACAAAUAAAAGAUUAUGCCAAAACGUGCUCGCUCGCACCGAUAACUAACUUUGCGGUCAAUAUUCCUCAUUCCGUUAUCGAAAGAUUUCUCAAAUGCAAUAAAAAAAAUCUUUUAAUUACAUACAAAACAUAA